CGAGACGAGAGAACUUGUGUUGUCAGUUAUCAGCGGAGGUGCAGGCAGGAUCAGCUUGUAGUGUUAGGGUUUAUAUAAGUAGUUAAAAAGCCAAAUAGUCCACUUAUAUUGAAUAAACGAGUUGAUUCGUAGGAUGGUGUGGUAAUAACUACGUGCCUAACCUGCUACUAUAAGACAUUUUACUUCUUUGAUGACGACAGAAGUUGAGGGGAAAUCAUGGCCAUCACAAAAGGCUGGCUGGCUGUGGCUAGCUGAGACGUGAGGCAUGAUGUUGAAUAGCCAUCGAAUUCAAGCAUGAAAUAUUAAAGUUUUCCAUUGAAGUUAAAAAGGAGGAGCGGUUGCUGUAUCCGUAUAGAACUAUACUCAAGUCGUAGGGUAAAAAGUGUCAAGUGAGGUCUGCUGCUUUUGCACUUUGGAGAUGUCGUGUAGAAGUGGUGCGAUACGGGGGGGAAACCCUCCGUGUCUUCAACCUCUGAGGGCCACUGUCCCCUUCCAACUCCACAAUAAACCGCACUGCAAAGAUGUCAAGACGGUGGACAGGACCAAGUCUGGGCCACCAAAACCAACCAUUCGACGCACGCUCUCCCUUGAUGCCAUUGUGGGUCCUUAUCUUCAAGGCCAGUGGCCCAAAGAGACAGAGAGCAUGGACGUCACCUGUUUUAACGAUAAAGCUACACAGACGCCCAGCUCCUGGGCAGAGGAGACCCGGGGGAGGAGGAGUAUCGGUGGGCACAAGCGCUCCGCGUCGUGGGGCAGUGCGGAACACUUGAGGGAGGUGGCCACGCUCAGGCACCAGCUGCAGAAGCGGUCCCGACACGCUCCACCCUCGGGAGGGAGUGAGCGGCCUCACCACCCCAUACCUGGAGGCCCCGUACCAGGAUUCACCCAGACACACUCUCUGAUGCCGCUGAGCAGACUGGCUCCUCGACUGCGGCGCAGCGUGGAAGGUCUUAACCUGGAGCUGGAGGGUGUGUUUGUGUCUGAGAUCCCAGAGGACCAACACAAGAUUCUGGAGGUCCCAGAUGGACACCGAGCCCCUGUUCCUGCCCAACGAUACAGCAGCGGUUCUCAGAGUGACCCAUCCCCCGUCCCCCUGGACCCGGGUCUCCUCUCCCCAUCCCAGUCCCCCUGCCUCAUGGGAGAGUCAGACCAUGUGGACAGCGAGACCUUGUGCCCCUCUCCCACACCAGCUCUUGUGGUUCUGGACCCCUCCAUAUUCCAGUCCUCAUCUUCCCCUCGUCCCAACAAGACCUACUCCUUCCAAAGGGAACCUCCUGAGGGAUGUGAAAGAGUGUGCGUGUGUGAAGAGGCAAUGUCGCCCAGUCAGGGUGAGCCUGUCAUCAAGCCUUCCUGCCCUGACCCCAACAAGGUGAACUUUACCCCCCAUGGAGGCUCUGCCUUCUGUCCUGUUAGUCUGCUGAAGCCUCUUCUGCCCUCCAUGGACCUUCUCUUCCGCGGCCUGACGGUCUCGCCCGUGACUGGCUGCUCUGGUCAAGGCUCAGUCUCCUAUCAAGCACCAGUGCAUGCUGCAGGGGGGUAUCUGAGUGGACCAUUCCAAGACUCCACCAUGUAAAAAAAAAAAAAAAAAAAAAAAUUGAUUUCUUUAGAUGUGAGGAGAAAUUUAGUUUCAAAGACAGAUUGGUUUUAGCCUUUUUGCUGUCAAAUGCUGUCCAGGCUAUGAAGAACGCUGUGAUUUAAAUCUGAUCAAGUUCGAAAGCGGUGAGAAUUUAUGUCUACAGAGUUGUCUCUGUGAGACUAAAUAUGAACUCUGCCAUCUGAGCUUUUUUUGUGAUAGGGCUUCAAAUGGAACCAAACAUCCCUACAAGGCACACCCUUUGCAAGAAUUGUGUUUGAAUGUGUAAAGAAUAUUUUUAUACUAUUUGUUCAGGCUAUGAUAAUGAUCAUAAUUAAUAUUAUAAGGUAGACUUAACCAUUUGACAAAUGAUUAUCAACUCUAUAAAGAGGUAGAAAAAAGGAUUACAUAAACAAAAAUAAAGUUUGUUAAAUGCUACCAUUUCAUUUUUUGGGGUGGCAAAAGUCAUGAACUAGGCUUUAAUUUGGAUAUUACCCACAACCACAUUUUUCUAGGUUUAGCAGAAGAUGAGCUCAAAAGUGAUUUUUAGUCAGUCUGACAGAAAACCUUGAUUCUGGGUUGGUUUGAUGAUUUCACAAGUUUGUAACCUAUAAACUUUCAAAACUUGUUUUGUUUUGAAAAUGUACUUGUUGUGAAAGGCUGUAAACUCAGUUUAAACCCCAAUGCUAGCACUUAGAUUAAGUAUUUCAAGCAUGGAAGGGAUAUAUUUGUUUGGGUUUGGAUGUUUAUGGUACUGUUUUUAUACUCAUUUAUCUUUGAAAUAAGUGUUUUUUGUUUUUCUAAAUGAUAUCUAGCUAUAAUUGUUUGGUUUACAGUUGGUUUGUUGCUGUAACUUAGUCUCCUGUGAGUUUCUGGUCACUGAUGGAAGUUCUGCCAAUGUUCACUUUGUUUGGACCCAUCAAUGUGUCAGUGUUUAGGUUGGUAUUGAUGUGCAUUUGUGGUAUUAUGACCUGCGUUCAUCACCAAAACGUGUUGUGUAGUUCAAAUUUUUUUUUUCACUAUUAUUUGAGAAUUCACUUGUUUUUGAGAUGUGAAAUGACAAGUAUUAGAAUUGUCUAUUGUUAAUUUUUUAUGAUUCAAUAUACCUUUCUAGACGUUUUAUACGCAUGUUAGUUGCGGACACUAAUAAUAAUAAAUAAAUAAAAUGGUAAUGAGUGACGAUUCAUGUACUAU